AUGGUGACGCUCGCGGUGACGGUGACGAUGCGCGCGGUGUCGGGGGCGCGCGCGGCGAGCGCGGUGGGGGAGGGAUCGGUGGCGAUGCGCGCGCGUGAUUUGGAGGGGUAUCUCGCGCAGGCGCCGAUGGGGGCGACGAUCGGGGUGAAGUUUUACGCCCCGUGGUGCGGGCAUUGCAAACUCAUGGCGCCGGCGUGGGAGGAGUUCGCGCGAGAGGGAACCGAGGGCGGGUACGUCGCGCUCUCGGUGGACGCGAGCGGGGACGAGGCGAAGGAGGUGAACGCGAAGUUCAAUAUCAAGGGAUUUCCCACGCUGUUUUUCUUCUCCGGUGGGGAGGUUUUCGAGUACUCGGGCGCGCGCACGGCGGAGGCGUUUCGAGCCUUCGCGCGAGGCGCGCGCGACGGCGCGCACUCGCGCAAGUAUGCCGUGGACUCGAAUACGAAUAAGAUUGUGUUCCAUGCACCAUCGGUGACGUAUCGUUUGAGGGAGUUGGUUCGCGACGUCGCGCGAGACUUCACGCGCGUGUUCUCCGCGAAGCCCGCGGUGUGCGUCUCCAUCUUUUUGUUUGGUCUCUGGCUGGGCAUGUUCAGCGUCGUCGCCACCUUCUUCCUGGCGGGUGACUACGCCGCGGCAAAGAAUUGGCGAGAGUUCAUGCACAGGAACGCGGAGAAGAUCAAGGCGAGCUCGAAGCUCGAGAACGACCCAAAGGCGGCGUAG